ACGUUCAGUCAGCUCCGGUAGCUCCAAGUUCAACCCGCCUUCUUCCACGUACCACCUCCUCCAGAAAACACCACCACGAUGCGCGCCUCAGCCCUCCUCCUCCCCUUGGUCCUCUCCUUCACAUCCCUCUCCGUCGCGCUCCCCCGCCCAGACACGAUAGACAUCUCGCUCGAUGACCUCCGCGCCGCCCUUCCCGAGAUCUCGGUCCCGGACCUAAGCGCGAUGUUGGGCUUCAUCAACAGCGUAGCCGGCGAGGUCGAGGGAUUGGACCAGACGCAGGUGCAGACACGGACCCGUGGACGGGGACGGGGACGGAAGCCCAAGACGUGUACGGCCACUGCGACGGAUGUUGCUACGGCAACGGACGGUGCUGCGGUGACGGAGACGGCCGUCGCGACGGAGCCGGUCACGGAAAUCGCUACGGAAACACCCCCGAUGGCGACUGAGACGGUGGUCGCGACUGAUACGACCGUCAUCGUCACGAUUACCCAGUACGAUCCUAUGCCGACCGAGACGGCAGUGGAGACGGCGGUGCCCACCGAUGUUGCGGAUCCAGAAGUACCCACCGUGACGGAGGCACCGGUGCCGACGGAAACAGCUGUGGCACCCACGGAGACGGUGGAAACUACGGCUCCAGCGGAAACCACCGCAACAUCGGAAACCGCUGCGCCGGCGAAUCCGACCACGGACCCGAGCACGGCUAGCACCGUUGCGUUCCCAUCCCGGACAUUCGAGUUCCUGAACGCGGAGGCGACGUAGUCCGCGCUAGCCAGAGGAAGUCGUAUUGCGGAGUUUGGGCGUCUAAGGCCGGGGGAGUUGGUAUAGAUGUUGUAUUAUAUAGCCGGGAUGUUUGUAUUCAUGAGACCGUUGUGGUAGAAGAUAGAGUGCGACACCUCAGCCAGCCUUGAGGUGGUUAAAUAGGGCGGCAAUGCAUGUUUGAAGAUUACAACG